AUGAGUGGCCAAAAUGGAUACGGAAAUGGUUAUGGAUACUCCGGCCCAAACCGAUACGAUACGAACGACGGAGCUUACAGCGGCAGCAACAGCAAUAGCAGCCUCGGGGUGAGCGGCUACAGUGGACGCAGUGCGGGAGCAUCAAGCGCGGGAGGUCGAUCAGAUCGCCGCCCUGGCGGAUAUGGCGGUUUCUAUGAGGAAACGCCGCAGCAAUCUACUUUGUCGCCAGGCCAGUCUUCAGCGCCGAGCCAAUCCCAGUCUCCGGAGCGCCGUCGCGAUCGCUCAGACCGCGAUUGGCAGCAGCCUUCAUCGCAGUCCAAGUCACGGUCUCGGUCGAGAAACCAAGAGCCUGGAAGGAAACGACAGGAAGAUAGGACUGGAGAUGCGAUGCGAUAUGCGCAAAAGAGAGACCAGGAGAGGAAGGCGCCUCCGGUGGUGAAGAGAAGCAAUACAGCUGGGGAGGCCCAGGCCAUUGAAACAAUUUUGCAAUCAAUUCAACAAGAUUGGGAUUUUAUGACCGAUGCCGAGUGCGUGCCCGUACACGUUGCCUUGAGUCUGAUGGACACUAGCACACUAGGGAAGGCGGACCGCGAAGAUGACUUCAUUCGCAUGUACAAUGACAUUCAAAAGACACUGAAGGCCAUUGUGAACGAGCAUCAUCAGGGUUUCAACAGUUCUAUCGGAAUUUACCACAAGAUUCAGUCCAACAUAUCGUCAUCGCAAAGUCGAGUGCGCAGCUUGAGGAACGCGUUGGACCAAGCCAAAUCCGGAUUAAUAUCGACCAAGCCUGAAUUGAAGGGACUAGCAACGUCUUCUCAAAACUACGAUGAUAUUGUUCAGCUGUUUGCCCAAAUUGAAGAGAUUCAAUCUCUCCCCGAAAAGCUCGAAUCACAAAUUUCAGACAAGCGCUUCCUAGCAGCAGUGGAUGUACUUCAUACUGGUCUUCGAGUCCUGCGGCGCUCGGAGCUGGAGGAAAUUGGUGCUUUGUCCGACAUCCGCGCAUACUUCAUCAACCAGGAAACAUCACUGACAGACAUUCUGAUUGAGGAGCUGCACGAUCACCUUUACCUAAAAUCACCCUAUUGCUCAGAUAGGUGGAAGGCCCCAACCACUGACGGCGAGUCCACUACUUCUAGUUGGGCUGGCAAUCGGUCGUGGGAACGGCCAGUCUACGGUUUCCUGGCCAAAUUUGAUCCAUUGACUCCAAUGGUCGAGGAUGCCUCCCGGAACCCAGAGGCCGAUACGUUCUCCUACAUCCAACUUCUGAUCGAGGCUCUCAACAAGAUGGGGCAUCUUGAUGUUGCGGUGCAUCGAAUUGAACAGCGCCUGCCAGUUGAACUGUUUGCUGUGGUGGACAAGACGAACGCAGAGGUCGAUACGCGCUAUCCGGCACCUAACAAGAGCUUUUCGGCCCAGGACAACUACUACAAGCAGUCUAGUCUUCCCACUGAGAUCAUUGAGAAGCGAGGCCAUGUGCUUUCUGAAUUCUUGUGGGCACUAUAUGCCAAGUUUGAAGCAAUUGCGGAAGGCCACCGAGUUCUUCACGAUGUCGUGGCUGCCAUUGUUGAGAGAGAAGGCCUCAAAAGCGAAACGCUCUCUGGUGGGUUCAAGGAGCUGUGGUCGCUUCUACAGAGCGAGAUCCGAUCCCUCAUGCAUGAUUACCUUGCCACCGAUGGUGAUUCAUCCGCUAGACAAGAAGAAGCCGACUCGCGUCGUCAUGUCUACUCCAGUGCCCGUGAUAAGAACAAGAAAUUGUUUAAAUUAUCCGAUAUUGAGCACAGCUUGGAGAUGAAAGCGGAGCAAGACGAACUGGAUGAGAUUCUCAAAUCAUCGGUGCCAGGUCUUGUUUCCAAGUCAAGGUCAAAGACUGCAACAAAUGACACCGCACAGUCCAACAAGGGCAACUCAGGAACCGGGCACAAGAUCUUACUUGAGCCAAGCGUUUUCAACAUGAGUAUUCUUCUUCCCCCUUCCUUAUCCUUUAUCCAACGUCUCAAAGAUAUCGUCCCGGUCGAUUCAAAUAUUUCCAUGGGCACAUUGACGUCCUUUUUGGAUGACUUUAUGGUCAACGUCUUCUUGCCGCAACUGGACGAGACUGUGACAGAUCUGUGUACACUGAGCUUCAUUGCGGCCGAUGCGUUCAUGGAGGAUCCUCAAUGGUCCAAGGUCUCUCCUCGGCCUAUAUUCAAGGGUACAGUCAAGUUCAUGUCAAUUGUCAGGGAAUUUAGCAAGAUGCUCUCGAGCAUCCCCCAUGAUCAAGCAUUCACUCAGCUUCUGAUUGAUCAGAUCGUGACCUACUAUGACAAGUGCUGUGGAUGGUACAAAGCAAUGGUCACAAAAGUAUCCGCCCACAACUCCAAUGGCGAAGUCCAAUUGAAAGCUGCGGCCUCAUUCGCUGCACAGGGUGACAUUCAUGAUACAGUCGAUGAACUUUGGAAGGGAGCUGGUGACAAGAAGCAGACCUUGAUCGAUACUGAAAUCGAUCUUCUUUUGAAGCGAACCAACGAGAAGUCUUUGGAACCAUACGACAUCAUAUCCGACCCCAAGACAGUGGUGUCACUCUCGCUCUUGUAUAACAGUAUGCAGUGGCUUGGAAGUCACCUCGCAAGGAUUCGCCAAGUGGUUGAGCACACCGCCGAUGCCGAGUCAUCAAGUCUGACUGCGACUGGUCGGCCCUCUCGCCGAUGGACUUUGUUCGGGUCCACGAAGCCAAAACGCGAUAGCAUCAACAACCCGGUCCAUUUGCCCCUCAACCACGAGACUGCCGUGGCCUUUGAUGGGACUCUUCAGUCACUACAUGGGCUGGGCUCUACCGCACUGCUCACCAUGCACGUUGAUAUCCGCUGUGGUAUCAUACACAUGUUGACUAGAACUAUGUCGGGGCCCAAUCCACCUACUCUACGGAACUCCGAGCCAGUCACCCCCUCCCCCAGCUUAGUGGAAAACUGGUGGCACAUUAUCAUGAACCAACCGACUGCCGCUUCGCCCACCAUUCUCGCGCUAAAUAAUGAUCUCAUCGCAUUCGACACCAAUAUUUCAACCUACUUGGGCUCUGCGGAACGUUGGUUCAUCACCUCCGGCCUGGCCCGGUUCAUUGAUCGCGUCUUCGUAGCAAGCACCCGAUACAUUGGAGCAAUGAAUGAGAAUGGAGCCUUGCGUCUCCAGCUCGAUGUGCUUGUUCUUCAGCAAAACUUGAAGAACAUCAUCAUUGACCCCACUAGUGAGUCGUCGACCGCAGCAACAGACUUGCAUGCGCAGGCAUCUCAAGAGGUUGUGGCCCUUCCACGGAGUGCCAAAUUCCUCGAUUGGUUCCUUGAGGGGGCCGAAAAGUCCCUGGACUAUUCCAAAGACGAAAAAGAGGCGUUCGCAUCACAAGGUGCCAAGGCCUUGGCUGCUGGCAAUGGUGAACCGUUCACCUACGAUGAACUGCGGGUUCUGGUCGACCUUUGUUUCUCCGAGAUCUUGCGCGGCCCGCGUGGAGCAGAGAGUCGAGAGGACUUUAUGUCGGCGAAGAAGGCCAGCGCAGAUGCGCUACUCAGGCUGAAUGAGAUCAUGUGGGAUGCCCGGUAG